ACCAGCUCCGCCGCGGUGCAUGCCGGGUAGCAGCAGCAGCUAGCAGCAGCUAGCAGCAGCAGCAGCGGCAGCGGAGCGAGGCGCCUCUUCCCGCCGUCUCCCUCCGUCCAGCGGACCCCGCGGACCACCUGCAGGACAGAGAGCCCUUCCCCGAGCCAUGGGCGUCCGCGGCCCCCGCGGACCGGUGUAGCCAGGAGGACUUGUUGACUUCUGGAGACCCAUGGAGCCUGAUGUGAUCCGGAUGUAUUCCUCGUCUCCGCCACCGAUGGAAGAUGGCGCAGAAGAUGAAGAUGACGACUUUGGAGACUUUGGCGCUUUCUCUGGAGGAGUUCCAAACAGCAUCAGCUUCUCGGAGUUCGAGACGCCCAUGACCUUCGACCAGAACCAGGCUCUGGCGGCCACGUCUCCACCGGAGCUCCUCGCCAGCAGAGGGGUGGUGGUGAACGGCGUGGCGGCCGCGAGCCACCGGGUCGGCGGCCCCCCUGAGAGAACUGACAGGAGGAAGGUAGUAUCCUGCUCGCCGGAGCGGCCGGCGAGUGAGCCUGCCGACUGCAACGGCGGAGGCACUGAGGUGCUAACAAACGGAUUUGGUACCUGUGAUGUUCAGGGAAGCCCCCCCUCACCGAACUCUGUCCACUCGUCCACUCAGGACAGGGGUGGGGGAGCUGACGAGGAAGAGUUUGCAGAUUUUGCUGCUUUUUCUAAUGAAGGAAGACCCUGCAGCCGGCAGGAGGAGCCGUCCUCGGAGGAUGACAUCAGGGACACAAACAGAACCGAGACCAACAGACCCGGGUCUGACUCCCACUGUCUCCCUGCUGAGGACUCUGGGGAACCACAUACACACACCCACUCAGAACAAAGGGACGUAGCCUCUCCACUGCAAAACCCUCCCGCUGAGGCAGUUUGCAGUAAUCCCUCCCCCACUCUGAACGGAGGUGCGGACAACGACCUGUCCCCCGACACGGCCGGUGACAGCGAGAAGGGCUCUGAAACGGAGACGGAGACGUCACUGGGUCGUUUGCUGUCCACGGACGCUCUGGAGGAGUAUGGCGACAUGAGCACAACGGGUUCGGCGCCGUCUCCUCCCCCACAGGGCGGUGCCGCCACCCCCACCGACCAAGACGAGGACUUCGGGGACUUCGGCGAUGCCGGUUCGUUUGCCGGUCAGGGCUUUGGUGAUUUUGAGCAGCUGGAGAUCCAGCAGGAUUCAAAGACUACAGUCACAGAACAGGACGAAGACUUCGGUGACUUCAACUCCCAGAAGAUCCACCCUGGUGGACCCGAGGGGGCGGAGUUUGCCACCUUCCCCGUCAGCGACAGCUUUGGGAACUUCAGCUCAGCGGACGGCGGGGGCGCGGAUGCUGGGUGGAGCGCCUUCGGGGAGCAGCAGCAGCAGGAGGAGGAGCAAGGGGAGUCGUGGGCGGAGUUCAGUGCAGAGGCGAGUGUGGCUCCUCCUUCAGAGAGCAGAGGGGAGGAAGAGGAGGAAGAGAUGGAGGAGUGGCAUGAAGGUGGCGCUACUGCAGUCGUCGAGGAAACCAGCCAGACCGACAGGCAGCCGGCGUCGCUGUCCUUCCGCCUGGAGAAGCUGUUUCACAGCAGCUUCCCUCCGACCGCCGUCCAGCUGACGGAUGAGGAGGUGCAGACCCUGAAGGUCCAGCUGGAGCCGGACCAGGACGAUGAUCGGGGGAUAUCAGGCCACCGGUCGGUGAGCGUCGCGGUGUGGAUGCGGCUGCAGGAUAUCCACGAGGCCCUGGGCCUCCGGUACCAGUGGGGGGGCUCCUACUGCAACAAAGCUCUGCUGUGCUGCCUGGGAAUCGACACCCGGAACAUCCUGUUCACGGGUCAGAAGAAGCAGCCGGUCAUCGUGCCCAUGUACGCCGCCGGUCUGGGGAUGCUGGAACCGACCAAAGAGCCCGUAAAGCCCGUCUCUGCAGUCGAGAUGAUCGCCUCCAUCGCAGCUCCAGAGAGAAGCUCCUGUCCGACGGACACAGUCCAGCAGGAGGCGCUUCCUCCCGUCCAGUUCGACUGGAGCAGCAGUGGCCUUACGAACCCGCUGGAUGCCAGCGGAGGCUCGUCUCUCUUAAACCUGGAUUUCUUUGGUCCUGUGGAGGAUUCAGGCUCCACCAGCUCUCCCUCCAUCCCAGGCGUCGACCCCGAGCUCUUUGAGCUGACGACCGCCAAGCUGGAUCCCGGCGGCUCCGGCAGCCGGGUGGCCGACGCCUUCGCCCGCCUCAUGUCCACCAUGGAGAAGACCAGCACGUCCACCAGGAAACCCAAGAAAGACGAGAAUCUGAGCGAGGAGGCGGCCAAAGUGAUCGCAGCGCUGCCCGACCUGUCCUUCAUGCAGGCCAAGGUGCUGAUGUUUCCCGCCACGCUGACGCCGCUCGGCUCGCAGGCCACGCCUGACUGAAGCUCCGCCCCUGGACACACCCUCAUCACCCCGCCCAUGUGUUUUUCUUCUGUUGCUGCAUAUGUUUUGCAUUCCUAUCACGUUUAGUUUUUAAUGUUUAUUUUUAUUUUAUUUUUGUCUUAUGAUUUUUCAAAAUAAAGUGAAGCAUUUACGGAGGGAGGCGGGGCAGCGCUCUGCAGGUUAGUUCGGAUCUGUAAACUCUAGCUGUAGAAGUGUGUGUGUGCGUGCGUGUGCGUGCGUGUGUGUUCACAUGUAGACCAGUUAUGUACAUAAUCAGGGAUUCAAUGUUUUAUUUUGAUUUCUGACAAUUUUAUUUUGGCGGGUCUCUGAAGGAAACACUGGCUGAAGCUCUUUCAAUCAAACUGAAGUGUGUGCAUAUACAUAUCCAUAUGCAUAUACAUACAUACAUAUGUAUGUAUGUGUACAUACAUAUAUGUAUAUAUAUACACAUACAUGUAUAUAUAUAUACAUACAUGUAUAUAUGUAUGUGGAUUAGUACGUUUAUAUACAUAUAUUGGAUCUUUAUACAUAUAUUUAUGGACUUGAAACCACACUGCCUGCAAAAUCCAGCUGAAUGUUUCGUCCCCUCGUCUGUCCGGAGGCCUUAGUUUUUACCCUGCUGUCCUUAGAUUUUACCCAGGUUGUCUUUAAUUCUCCUGCAGCUCCUGCUGGCGUUCUUGAGGAGCUGCGGUCCAUCCUGUCUGUUUUUAUUCUCCGCUUUCCUUCCUCUGCUGUUUCUCAUGUUUUGGGGGUAAAAAUGGAACAUUUAGUAUAAAACCACUGAAAGUUUGUGAGCGUGGAAGUCCAGCUCGUGCCCGGGGGGGGGCGGCUCACGAUGAAGGGAAUUAAGGGACCAAAGUCCACGUCUGUUUGUUCGCUGUGUUUGGUUUGCUCAUACUACUGUCGUCUCCCAGGAGGAUUUUGCACAUUUGUAAAGAUGAAAUGGAUGUAAUCAUAGUUCACUGUGGCUUUAGACCGUGUACAGUUAAACUAUGGGCUGUAAAAUGUUCCGGAAAGUUCCUAUGGAAAAAAAACUGAGACUGGGGAGCCUGGGGGGAUCAUGGUGCAUGCCCAGGUUCUCCUGAAACUACAGGUGUGUAAAUUUACUUUUAGUGUACACAAGAAAUUAAAAUAAUUUAAGAGAA